GCUUUCGUUCAAAAGUUUUGACGACAAGAAAGUGAUUGAAUUGAAUGAAGAGGUGAUUGUGUCCACCGAUGAACGCAAUGACCGCCGAAGAGAUCACAAAAGAGACCACAAAAGGGAUCGCAAGAAGAGAUCCAAUAGUCACGAGAGAUCAAAGUCGAGGCCAACCCAUAGAAGACACGACUCGUUGUCGUCGACCACUAGUUCUCACACUAUAUCCCAAUUGUUGGCGAAGAAGACAUUCAUUGAAGAGACGGGUCUUUCGGCACAAAACUGAUCCCUCGGUUGCGUGUCUUCAGUCACUCAUCGAUAGAGAAGAGAAUCAAAAGGCAUUCAUCGAAGAGACGAGUCUUUCAUUGAGGAUGAAGAAGAAUGUGGGAAAUAGUGAACAAAUCGACGACAGUCUCCGGCGAUGA